UGUUAUUUCUCUCUAUAAAUAUAUCAUACUCUAAUUGGGUGUGCUGCAUUUCCAAUUAUUAUUAUGUAUAAAUAAGCACUCUUAUAUAAAUCGUCGCCCAGAAUUAGGAAAGCUGAGAGACAAAAAUCAUGGUACAAACUAAGAAAUUUCGAGGUGUCAGACAACGCCACUGGGGCUCUUGGGUGUCAGAGAUUCGCCACCCGCUGCUGAAGCGGAGGGUGUGGCUGGGGACGUUCGAGACGGCGGAGGAGGCGGCGAGGGCGUACGACGAGGCGGCGAUACUGAUGAGCGGCCGGAACGCCAAGACCAACUUCCCCGUUCCAGCCAAUCAGGACGCCAACGCCAACGACAUCUCCCCCUCGUCGUCGUCCAAUUCUCCGAAUAGCUCACGAGCGGCUUCACUGUCGUCGAUUCUGAGCGCGAAGCUGCGCAAAUGCUGCAAAUCACCGUCUCCGUCUCUGACGUGCCUGAGGCUCGACACCGAGAAUUCUCACAUUGGCGUGUGGCAGAAGCGGGCCGGGUCGCGCUCCGACUCCAGCUGGGUCAUGACGGUCGAGCUCGGCAAGAAGAAGACCGCCGCCGAUGUUCAGGAUCCCGCCGCCGCGGAUGCGGCUGCGGCGCUGCCGGCUACGGCCUUGCCGGCGGCGGAGGUGAGAGAUGGGAUCGAUGAGGAAGAGAGGAUCGCGCUGCAAAUGAUCGAGGAGCUUCUCAACAGGAAUUGAUCAUUCAGAUUAACGGUGUGCAUGCAGAUUCAGAUUCCUUCCAAAUAUGCAGCUUUUUAUUAAUUAAUUAAUUAUUACUAGUAUUUUCUGAUUUUAAUUGCCAUCAAAAUUAAUAUUUCUCAUUUGGAUCGUGUCAAAAAUAUGAUAAAGAUAACAGUCAUUUUAAAAAGGGAUCAAGACUUUGUCCAAUUUGAGUACAGUGAUUUCAUCUGAAUUGUGAAGGUGGAUAUAAAUGCUAUUCGUAUAGUUCAUAUAUAGUAUAUGUUAUGUAGGUUGGAAUAAUUCCGAUCCAUUGGGUUCUGAAGUGUACACAUACCAUGAUUUGAUUUUGUUUUGUUCAUUUGUUGUGGUGAAAAUUGUUUGCAUUUUGUAUUGCUUGAAAGUCCAACGAAUCUUAUGUAUAUUCAUGGUUUUGAAUAUGUAUGAUGUAUUUAUGUGUUGGUGAUUUGAUUUCGCAGUUAUAUAGUUUUCUGUUUGUUAUGAA